AUGACGUUACUGCUUCACAAUACCCAGGUCACCACGACCCCAGGGUUUCACACUGCCCAGGUCAUCACGACCCCAGGGUUUUACACUACCCGUGUCACCGUGACGUUACAGUUUCACACUAGCCAGGUCACCACAACCCCAGGGUUUUACACUGCCCAGGUCACCACGACCCUAGGGUUUCACACUGCCCAGGUCACCACGACCCCAGGGUUUCACACUGCCCAGGUCACCACGACCCCAGGGUUUCACACUGCACAGGUCACCACGACCCCAGGGUUUCACACUGCCCAGGUCACCACGACCCCAGGGUUUUACACUGCCCAGGUCACCUUGACGUUACUGUUUCACACUACCCGUGUCACCACGAUCCCAGGGUUUCACACUGCCCAGGUCACCACGACCCCAGGGUUUCACACUGUCCAGGCCACCACGACCCCAGGGUUUCACACUACCCGGGUCACCAUGACGUUACAGUUUCACACUACCCGUGUCAUAACGACCCCAGGGUUUCACACUGCCCAGGUCACCACGACCCCAGGGUUUCACACUGCUCAGGCCACCACGACCCCAGGGUUUCACACUACCCGUGUCACCAUGACCCCAGGGUUUCACACUGCCCAGGUCACCACGACCCUAGGGUUUCACACUGCCCAGGCCACCACGACCCCAGGGUUUAACACUACCCGUGCCACCAUGACGUUACAGUUUCACACUGCCCAGGUCACCACGACCCCAGAGUUUCACACUGCCCAUGUCACCACGAGCCUAGGGUUUCACACUACCCGUGUCACCGUGAUGUUACAGUUUCACACUGCCCAGGUCACCACGACCCCAGGGUUUCACACUGCCCAGGUCAUCACGACCCUAGGGUUUCACACUACCCUUGUCACCGUGACGUAA